GGACUAUCCUGAUUCAUAACACUCGAAGAAGAGCGGGAGCUACAGUCGAAAAGCGAAUCUCAAAAUUCACAUCUUGGACUCUACUUGAUACCACAGCAAUCGCAAUGUCGGCUUCACUCUUUUCGCUAAGCGGAAAGACCGCUAUCGUUACAGGAGGAACGAGAGGAAUUGGACAGGCAAUGGCUUUUGCGCUUGCAGAGGCUGGCGCUGAUAUCGUACUGAUUCAGAGAGACGAAUCCAACACUUCCACCCGUGAUGAGAUCAUUAACCGCAUUGGCCAGAAAGCCUGGAUUCACGUAGCGGAGCUAUCUAGUCGGGAUGCAAUUAAAGGGGUCAUUCCGGCGUUAACUAGCCAAGGCCUGAAACCGGAGAUUCUGCUGAACUGUGCCGGAAUCCAGAGAAGGCAUCCGAGCGAACAAUUCCCAGAUGAGGACUGGGAUGAGGUGAUCCAAGUCAAUCUGACAUCAGUAUUUACACUAUGCCGUGAAUUCGGCGCCUAUCUGUUGGCGCGAGAUGCAUCUGAGUUCCCGACUGGUCGUCGCGGAUCUAUUAUCAAUGUUGCUUCCCUCCUGUCAUUCCAGGGUGGCAUCACUGUCCCUGCCUACGCAGCUUCCAAGGGAGGUAUUUCCCAAUUGACCAAGGCACUCUCGAACGAGUGGGUCGCCAAGGGCAUUAACGUGAACGCUAUCGCGCCCGGAUACAUCGCAACGGAUAUGAACACGGCUCUAAUUAAUGAUUCGAAUCGUAACGCAGGCAUAAUGGCUAGAAUUCCGGCAGGGAGAUGGGGCAGCCCCGACGACUUUAAGGGGGUGAUUGUGUUUUUGGCUAGUCAGGCAAGCAGCUAUGUCUCUGGAGAAGUCAUCUGCGUUGACGGAGGUUGGAUGGGACGGUAAACAAGCAUGGCAGAGAAAGCUCCGUAUAGAAUAGGAUUCACUUGUACAUAUUUUCGGAGCCCAAGUUCCGAUUUUCUUCUUAAUGACUGAUAGGCCAUGAUUUUAACGUUCGAAUCAAAAAAAGAAUACCACUCCACCGUUCCU